AUGGAUCAAAACCAGAGGAAUUAUUACAAAACUAACAUAGCUGCUCUGAAUUUGACCGCAGCACUGGUGAAAAGUGAGCCACUAAAUGAGAAAGAGGACGACGCGAAAUGGCCUUGUCUCGAAGUGGUCAGUGGCAAAGGCUUGUCCACAGAGACGUCUUCCACGACCUCCAGAGGCGAAACGUCCAACGCGUCUAAUCACGCAAGGAAACCGUUCUGUACCAUAGGAAACUCAUUCUACAUAUUCUCAGCAUUAGUAUUAUUCCUCGUGGGCAGUAUUACAAUAGUAUAUACACCAUUUAACAUAUUAAUGAAUGAGAGACUGAAAAUGGUUCGUGGUCUGCCAGCAUACGAAUGGUGGAAAAAUCCUCCUGAUGAGGUAUUGCUCAGAGUGUACCUAUUUAACGUCACAAACAGUGAACGAUUCGAGAACGGAAUCGAUAGUAAACUGGAGCUAAACGAAAUCGGUCCAAUAGUGUUCAGAGAAUUAUUACGACACAGUGAUGUUAGAUUCAACGACAACGGUACAAUGACUUAUGUAGCCACGAGAACAGCCGUGUUCUUGCCAGAAAUGACAAACAUCAGUUUGGACUCUAAUUUAAUACUACCCAACUUUGCCGCGUUGGGAAUGGCAUCGUAUUUGUGGGAUGCUUCUUAUUUCACGAGGUAUGGGUUCAAAUUAAUGAUGGAAAUGUUGGAUACGAAAAUGUUUAUUAAGACAUCCAUUAAUGAUUGUUUAUGGAAUUUAACUGACCCGUUAGUCCAGAAAGCAAAAACGAUGAUGCCUGGUUUAGUUCCUGAAGAAAAUAUGGGUAUAUUAUACCAGAUUUAUAACAAGUUUACGGACGAAGUUACCGUAUUCAUGGGUCCGGAAAACGGGAGAAGGUUCUUCACGGUAGAUAAGUAUCAUGGAAAAUCAAAUCUUGGAAUUUGGGAGGAUUCAAAGUGUGAUAGUGUACAGGGUUCUUCUGAAGGUGUUACGUACCAUCAGUUUGUAUCAAAAAAUGACACAUUGAAGUACUUAAGAAAAACCAUGUGCCGAGUGACACCACUAAAAUACAAAAAUGAGGUGACCAAAUCGGGCAUGACAAUGUACAAGUUUAUUCUACCAAAUAAUGUAUUUUCUCAUCCACAAACCGACCCAAGCUUAGAAGACUGUUUUCAUAAUCCAAAAUCAACUCCUCUCCUUUCUGGGCUCUCUGACGUAUCACCGUGUUAUUAUGAUUUCCCUAUUGCAGCUUCAUUUCCUCAUUUCCUCAACGGUGAUCAAGCACUAGUAAAAUCAAUUUCAGGAUUAAAACCUACUGAAGAAAAUCAUGGCUCGUACUUAAUCGUCGAACCAUUAACAGGGGUUCCAGUCGAAAGCAGAGCUCGUAGCCAAAGCAAUCUAGUCAUGCAUCCCACGAGUGGAUUUUCAAACAUUGACAAAUUCAGUAAUAUGACAAUACCAAUGUUUUGGGCAGAAUAUAAUCAAGUGGGUUUACCUUGGUACAUAACAACUCUAAUGUAUUUUACUGUUAACGUUUUGCCGUGCACGCAAUCGAUCGGGAGCAUCGUCAUGAUGAUAGCCGGUUUGGCAAUGAUCGGCAAAACGAUAUUCGAUGCAGCAUUUGGUUAUAAAAAACCACUAUACUCAUAUAGUUCUUUGGAUCUCUUGCCGUCAAUUAGCUAA